AUGACUAGCAUUCCAAAUUACUAUACUGUCCUUGACAUUCCAAUCACUGCUACUCAGGAUGAUGUUCGCCAAGCAUACAAAAAACAAGCUCUUUUACAUCAUCCCGAUCGUCUCGAUGAUCAAGCCAGCGAAACUGAACGUUCUAAAGCGGUUAAAUAUUUCCAGUUAAUCGCCGAUGCUUAUUAUAUCCUUGGCGACCAAGAAAGAAGAGCAGUAUUUGAUAGAUCACAUUCAAAUACAGAAAAUAUAUCUUUCGGCGGAAACCUUUCAACCACAGAACGCCAAGCGCAUCUGAUGUUUUCUGAUGUUUUUGAAGAAUUACUUAGACCCGAAGUUGAGCACCCAUCUCAUGUAUGGAGUGUACUUGGUGCCGGUGCUGGCAUAGUACUUGGUUUUAUUAUUGGAAAUGUCGGAGGUGCUGCAAUGGGUGCGGUGGCAGGAAAGACAAUAGGCCAAAUCAGGGACAACAAAGGUAAGGUGUCUCGGUGUAUACUGCAUUUGAACGUCUAG